UUUUUAAAUGUCGUCGAACUGCGUCUGCCGCGUGCGUUUACAGUCGCGCGGCUAUGAUCGUUUCGGAGGCAGUCGAGACGCGGUCGCGUGCGUGUUUACAAAAUAUCUGAACACCUAAAUAUUAAAUAAAAAUGUCUUCUAAAGUUAUAUUUUCAUCUGAAGAUGAUAAAAUGUUAGUAGAACUAGUUGGAUAUCACCCUUGUUUGUAUGAUUCAAAACAUGCAUUGUACAAAGAUCAAACAGCGAGGAAAAAUGUAUGGGAACAAAUUUCAAAUAAAGUUAACCAACCAGUUGACGAAUGUAAAAAGCGCUGGAAAAACAUUAAAGACACAUACAAUAAAAGAAGGAGAAGUAGAAAGUUAGGUACUGGGUCUGCUACGAAAGAAAAACCUUCAAAAUGGAUUCUUCAUGAUGUUCUAUCUUUUAUGGAUACAUCAAUAUACAAAAGACAGAGCGUAACAAAUAUGAUAUGUGAAGGAGAUACAAUUAAAAAGGAUUACGUAAGUUCACACGAUAAUAUUAUUUCUAUGCAAAUGAAGCCAACAAUUGAAAAUGUAUCAUCAGCAUCAACUUUUGGUCCAAUUGCGGAAACAAAUAGUUUAGAGAGAGAAUCAACCAGUAAAAAACGAACAAAAAUAACUGAAAUUUUAAAUAAAAUAAGUGAAGAAAGAAAUCAUUUAAUGUCUAAAACAGAAAAUGCAGAGGAUUCAAUUGAUAUAUUUUUUAAAAGUAUAGCGCUUACAGUCAAACAGUUUUCACCAGAAUUCAAAAUAAGAGCGAAAAUGGAUGUACUUAAAAUAAUAAACGAAUUGGAACUGGAGAAUUUUAAAUAUUCAGAUUGAACUAGCGGUACUUCCAAUUACGUGUUUCCAGAAAAUUUAACUUCCCGGGCUUAGUUCCAAUUAAUUAUACAUCCUGUUCAACACACUCGUCUGAACUUGAUGGAAGUUCUUCAGAAUUCAAAUGGACCGAAUAUUUUCAUAAUUCAAUAUUAUUCUAGUUUGUAUAUUUAUGUUUCAACACAGGGCUGGCCCAAGCAGAAAUGGUGCAAUAGACAAAAUCAAAUUUUGCUGCCUGUAAAAAAAAAUUGAGCUCUUAUUUUAACUUAGCCCCACCCCCUAUUUUUAUGUGAUAUAUCUACAUAAAACAAUUUUAAUUUUUUAUUUUAUGUACUAUCGCAACUGUCGGAAAUCGCGAAAGUGAUUAUAUAUUAUAUAUGUAUUAGAAUAAUUGAAAACGCCCAGCGUAAGUCGUAAUAUAAAGUAAUACAAUAACUU